AUGGUAAAAAUUACACCAACACCUUUAGGAGAAGGUAAAAGUACAACUACUAUUGGUUUGUGUCAAGCACUUGGUGCUCACCUAAAUAAAAAUGUCUUUGCUUGUGUUCGUCAGCCAUCUCAAGGACCUACUUUUGGAAUUAAAGGUGGAGCUGCUGGAGGAGGUUACUCACAAGUAAUUCCAAUGGAAGAGUUCAAUCUUCAUCUUACUGGUGAUAUACAUGCAAUCACUGCUGCCAAUAAUCUCUUAGCUGCUCAGAUUGAUGCACGUAUGUUCCACGAAGCAACACAAUCUGAUGAAGCUUUAUUUAGAAGAUUGGUUUCUACAAAGAAAGGAAAACAAGAAUUUACAGAAAUACAAAAAGGACGAUUACAGAAAUUAGGCAUAAAAGCUACAAAUCCAAAAGAUUUGACAAAAGAUGAAAUAAAGCGAUUUGCAAGAUUAGACAUUGAUCCAUCUACUAUCACUUGGCAAAGAGUUAUAGAUACGAAUGACAGGUUUCUCCGUAAAAUAACAAUUGGACAAUCACCUACAGAAAAAGGAAAGAUAAGAGAGACUCAGUUUGACAUUACUGUUGCAAGUGAAAUUAUGGCAAUUCUUGCUUUAACAACUGAUUUAAGUGAUAUGAGAGAGAGAUUUAAACGUAUUGUUGUAGCUAGUAAUAAAGAAGGUUAUCCAAUAACAGCUGAAGAUUUGGGUGUAUUUGGAGCUUUAACAGUAUUUAUGAAAGAUGCAAUUAAACCAAAUUUGAUGCAAACGCUUGAGGUAAGAAACAGUAGAAUUUUAAAAUUAUAUUUCAUUAAUAAAGAAUUAAUGUAUCAGGGGAGGAGAAGGAAAAAAAAGAGGGAUGAGGAAGAAGAACUAGAGGAAGAAGAAGAGGAUGAAGAGGAGGAUGAGGAGAAAGAACUAGAGGGAGAAGAAGAGGAAGAGGAGGAUGAGGAGGAAGAGCUAGAGGAAGAAGAAGAGGAAGAGGAAGAUGAGGGUGAAGUGCUAGAGGAAGAAAAGGAAGAGGAGGAUGAGGACAAAAAGGAGGAUGAGGAAGAAGUACUAGAGGGAGAAAAAGAGGAAGAGAAAGAGCGAAAGGAUGAAAAAGGAAAAGUUCGUUGCGGGUUCAAACUUCAUCAACGACCUGGCCACGUGAAGUUAUUCGGUUUUCUUCACAUGUCUAACACCUAUAUAGGGAUCAGUCUCCCAUAG